AUGAGCAAGGCAUUCGUCAGCUUGGUUUUUGUGGGAGCCCUGGUGGCCAUUGCCAGCGCCAACCCCUAUUUUGCGCAUAACACUCCCUGUCCGCAUAAGACCUGCAACAAAUUGCAACCGCUAGUGCCGGUGGAGCGCCUUCCGGUGCCGACGGUUCCGGUGCAGGUGGAGGUGGUCAACACCAGCCCGAGCUACCGUCCCGCCUCCUUCCUCGAGCUGGUCGAGAUCGUGCUCGACUGCUUCAACACCCUGCGCAUUCCGCUGCACCGGUUCCCAUCCUACCUGACCGGUAUCUUCCCGGACGAUCCGGAAACCAAGUGCUUCCUGCGUUGUAUGGCCAUCAAGCUUGGCGUGUACUGCGACGAAACCGGUGCGGAUCUCGACCGCCAUUGCCUGCAGUUCGGUCUGGGCGAGUGCUGCGAUAACUUCGUCAACCGGCAUUUGACCUGCCUGCAGCAGAACUCCGGUCCCUGCCCGGACCGGUGCACGGCGGCGUACAAGCAGGAGCUGUGCUUCCAGGAGCCGAUCGCCAAGUAUCUGGACUACCACUUCCAGCAGCUCGUCGGACUGCUCCACCAGGCCAAGUGUAGCCACAACCUGCCAAUGCUGCAUCCUUAA